AUGCUAGAAAAAAAUGAAGAGGACGAAUUAAUUCCCCUCUUAGAUCAGCUUUUAGUGUUGACACCAGAUGAUUCCAUAGCAAUGGGUUCACUCCCCCAACGGGAACAUAUUAUGCAAAUUUUAAUGAAUUUUUGUCCAAUUCAGGAUACUAUACCUGUCUCAGAUAGAAGUAAAUCAAACUAUCAGGACUGUGAUGUUGCCGAUUAUGUUAAUCUAGAGCUCAACCAUAGAUUCCAACUUUCUUGUACCGACAAUAUUUUUCAGAUAUCUGAUGAUACCCUUUGGCUAGAGUUAUUAAAUAAUAAAUGGAACUCCAAAAAAUAUAUCAUAGCCCUUCAAAUCAUCAUUGCGUUGACAAGAAAUUCACUUAUAGACAAACAAUUACUCGGAAAAAUUCCAAACUUUAAAUCUAAUUUAUACAACAGAUUAUUAACGGAUCCAAGUGAGGGGACCGACUUUAAUAUUCUCGAUAAAUUAUCAGAGUUAUAUUCGGUUGUGCUUUCAGUUGACUGUGUCUCCCAAGAUAUUCUCAAUCUAUAUACACACGUUCAUAACAACUUCCUACGAAGUACCCUGGAAUCCCUUGCAACCCAAAUUACAGAUCCACUAUGCGAUACAUAUCUUCAGUUCAGUGAUUCCUAUAUAACACUACCUAAAUAUCCUCGACUGAUGGAAAAUUUAUCGUUGCAGUUUAGCAUCUCUUUUGAUAACAUUGUUUCAAACCGAUUUAUGUCAUUGAAUAAGAAUAUUCAUUUAGAGAUUCACGGUGGCCAAUUUUCCAUUUCCAAUAACAACUUUAUCUUGGUGUUGUUUGAUGAUUUUGAGCUUAUUCCGUAUACCCUCUAUUCAAUUACCCUAGUUAUGGAAAAUAGAGAAAUGGUACUUUAUAUCGACGGCGACUUUAUCAAUAAAAUUUCUAUUUUUGAACAUAUCAACAGCAAUAAAUCCGGUAUUAGUAUUGACUUAGGUUCCAAUAUAUCUUCUUUUAGACUUUACAGAUGUUGCGUUUGGAAUUUAUCCUUAAACGCAGAAUGCAUUAAAAUAUUAUACCUCAAGAGCUACAUACCGGAUAUAAUUUCAGUUAAUAACCAUAGUUUAUCUAAGUUGGUAUCGGCUGCAUUAUUAGAAAGCAUAUACCAAAGCUUAGCCUCUCCAGAUGUCAAAUAUAGUACAUUCUUAAGAAGAAUAAACGUAUUAAAUUCACAAAACUUGAUCAUCAACUUUACUGCUACGGAUCAGGUCCUGAAGGAAGAAAAAAAUACCAAAGACAUUGAAACUACGAAAAAAAUUCAAAACUACACCUUACUUGAUAAUGAUCCAGAUAAUGAUGAUAUAUUUGGAUCCAAUAAAAUUUAUUAUUAUAAAUCUUCAGCAUUGGUGUCGAUGUUCAUUUCAGUUAAUAGUAUACGGCUCAUCCUAUGUGAAUUUAAAAAAUGUGCUGAUCUUAAAACAUUAUUCGCAUUGAUAACUCAUUUAUUUACUCUUUUACAACAUCCUCAGUUAGAAAAAUGGUUUAAUGAAGAAUUUGGUUUUCCUGUAUUGGCCCAUUCUCUAAUUACUGAAGUAAUACAAAGACUAGAAGAACCAUUAUCAAUUGAAUUCACUAACUUAUUUAUGACACAAUGUGGUAUAAACUUGGACGAUCCAACAGAUUCAAUUUUGAAAAAUGAAAUAAUAUGGGUAAAUCUCGUAUUUAACAUUCAUCUAUGGUAUUUUACCAGCACUGAAAAGAAACAAAUUCAUCCAAGUGUUGAAAUUAUACGAUUCAUUUUUUUCCAAGUUAUCAAUUUAUUAGAAACAUCCAAAUAUAAAAGCUAUAAUUUAAAGAUCCUUCGAAAAAUGGAAUUCAUACAGAAGUUAUCGUACCAACAACAUUCAAUCGCUGGCAAGUCGCCAAAUGAAUUAAUAGAACUGAAACCUGAUGUAACCAAUGUCUACCUUAGUUUACUGAAAGAUAAUAUCAAUAAGAGAGAUAUACAAUGGUAUCUUAAUUUUGCAUACUACGAACUGAAAUGUAAGCAUGUUCAAACCGUUGAUACAGUAUUACUAGCACUAGAUAAAACUUUCGAGAAUAUUAUGUGUGAAAAUGAAACAAAUAAUUUAUUAAUUUUUGUGAACUCCGUAUCUUUCAAGUUUCUAACUAUGACACUGGAAGAAUUCGCAACGCAAAGUGCAGAUCCAACCCUACUUUUGAGUAUUAUUUUAAAAUAUCUCUUAGUCAACAAAUCUUUAUUAAAUGGUUCAAACGGUGACACAACAGCGAAUCAGUUACUGGCGAUUUUCAGAAAAAUCGAUUUGAUUUACUGCGAAAAAAUUGUAUAUCUUUUCUAUCAAUAUUCUUUGGGUAAUUUCAAGACUUCACAAAGCGACCUAUUAUUGUCUGGUUUUAUGAAAGAGAGUGCAAGAGAUGAUAAAGAAAUAAAAGCUAACAAAUUAAUCUGUAUAUCAAUCCGGUUGCUGGAAUGGGCUGUUUUGAAUGACGUUUCCACAACGUUCCAAAUUGGCUUAGAAAACUUUGUUUUCGUCAUGAUGAAAGAAGUCAGUGCAUUGGAAAAAGUGGAUUGUAACCGACCAUUUUUUGAUCCUCAGACUAGUAAUAUUCCACAUUAUUUAUUAGACUUGUUGCUUACUAUGAGUAAGCCUCAAAAUAGCAAUAUAUAUGAGAAAGGAACUUUAAAAAUAAGAGAAAUUUUACAGAAUAUUAUCAUGCAUAACCUUUCCAACCUUGACAACGCAUCAUUUGAAAAAUCAAUUCAAACGUUGCUGAAUUUGGGAAACCAAAGUCAUUACCUGUCAAUUCAGUUCUAUAAUAAGAAAAACAAUUACUUUGAUUUAUCUAUCAUCAAAUUGAUUAUCCCCCUAGUAUUCGAUCAGUUUGUUAAUAUUGGAGAGGUAUUUCCUUCCAUACUGGAGGAAAGGCCAUAUCUGCUUCCAAACUUGCUAACUCUUUUUGAUCUCGUUGGACAUUACAUGAAAAUUACAAGAAUGGACGGUCAUUUUCUUUUAGCAUGCCACGAAUGUAUAAUGCAAUGUCUAGAAACUAUUUUUACAGGGACUAAGCAAAGAAUCAGGAAUGUAUCAAAACCGCCCUUUGUAGCGCUAGGGAAGAACCAUUUCUUUUUCAUAAUGUAUGCUGUAUUAAAGAAACAAAUCAAUUGGGACACAGAAACCUCAAGUUUAUUUUACAGAAGUUUUCUUCUGUACCAACAGCUUCUAUUUACUCCGAGCAAUAAUAUAUUUGAUGAAAACGAACUCUCUUUUCUCCUUAUUUUCCUGGGGUCACAGUUACAACAAUCUCCUUCUAACAGCUUGCUUAUAUCAGUCAUCAGAACAUUAUUGGUUCACCGUCGAAAUAGUAUCAAAAACAUCGCAAAGUUUUUAGACUUAAGUAAUGAAUCUGCAAUUCAGGUUCUGCUGAAUAAGUGUAUUUCUCUAAAUGACAGUGAAAUGAUAUCAUUAUUAAAGAAGGACUCUCUUUCACUUUUUGAUCGAGACCAGCAAGAACGCUUAUUAGUGUUCAUCUUAAAGGAAAUAAAUAACUGUGAAGAAAUAAAGUCCUUAGAUGAUCAACACCUUUUCAAACAGCUUUACGCUAUGAAACAGGGAUCUGAUGAACUUAAUUACAAGGACUCUCUCCAAUUAUUAGAACUAUUCCAUAAAGAUACUGAACCGUUUACUAACAAAAUUCUCAGAUUUUAUGUGAAAUGGGUGUCUAACAUUAGCGCCGAUAUGGAGGAAGAUUCCAUCGUGAAUAUAGAUAAACUAGGACACAUUCAUUUCCAGUUAGAUCAAUUUCUUAAAGUUCAGAAUAUGUAUAGUUCACAUUCCGAAUGGGUUUUGGACAAUGCAGAAGAUAUCAACAGAAGUAGACGGAGGUUGCUACCUUUGUAUUCGCCUGGUGAAAGAGAUAUAGUCAAAGUAGAGAAGAAGGCCUCUUCAGAUCUAAAGAAUCAAACUACACGUACAUCACGCAGUUUUAGUGAUGCUGGUUCAUACGAUCUAUUAUUAGAUAUGGACCUAACUGACCCUGAAUUUCAAGAUAAUAUGGAUGAAAAUCGUAACAUCUUAAAAUUACUGAAUGAGACAGACUCUAUAAAGCAAAUUUGGAAUUGUUGUCAAGUUAUUGGCUUGGAUAUCCAAGAAGGUAUUUUGAUAAUGGGCCAUUUCUAUGUAUAUUUUGUCAGUGGUUAUUAUUUCUCCAAAUCUAAACAGAAAAUCCUGAAGUUAGUAGAAGCGCAUGAUGUGAAUGCAAAGUUAAUAAGCAGCUCAUCCAAUCCGAACCAGGAUAUUCCGAAAGUACGUGAGGUUCAUGUUUGGAAUCUUUUCCAAAUGACCUUUGUCAUUAAGAAACCAUUCUUAUUGCGGGAUGUGGCUAUAGAGGUUCUUUUUGAAAAUAGAGUAAGCUGCUUCUUCAGUUUCAAUGAUUGCGCGUCCAGGAACUCGGUUUAUCACGCCUUUGAACGAUUACCUAAGAAUCAUAAUAUUGAUCCUGUGUUUCUUAAUGUACUUUCUGUGUUGAAGUCGAAUAGUUCAACCAUUGGAUCAAGAAAUGGUAUAUCAAAACUAAGUCUGACUAAGAAGUUUGUUAAUGCCAUUGCAAGCAGCUCUGAUUUAGUUGAUGGACUUCACGUAACAAGAAUGUGGCAAAAUGGUGAACUUUCCAACUUUUAUUACUUAAAUAUAUUAAAUACUCUCGCUGGACGAAGUUUUAAUGAUUUGACUCAAUAUCCCGUAUUCCCAUGGGUAAUUGCUGAUUAUACUAGCGAGAACUUAGAUUUAUCAAAUCCUAAGAGCUACAGAGAUUUAUCAAAACCUAUGGGUGCACAAACAGAAAGAAGAAGGAAUGAAUUUAUUGAGCGGUACGAAGCUUUGCAUUCAUUAAAUGAUCCUCAAUCCCCCCCUUUCCACUAUGGAACUCAUUAUUCAUCUGCAAUGAUUGUCUCUUCUUUCUUAAUUAGAUUAAAACCAUUUAUUGAUUCGUUUCUGUUAUUACAAGACGGUAAGAUUAAUCACCCCGAUAGACUAUUCAAUUCCGUUGAGCGGGCCUGGAGCUCAUCAUCUGCUGAAAACACGACUGAUGUAAGGGAACUUAUUCCUGAGUUUUUCUUUCUUCCUGAAUUAUUUAUAAAUAUCAAUAAUUUCGAUUUUGGGAAGGAUCAUAAUAAGUCGAAAGUUAACAAUGUCGCCCUACCCCCUUGGGCGAACAAUGAUCCUAAGGUGUUUAUUCGUAAAAAUAGGGAAGCGCUAGAGAGUAGUUAUGUUUCAGAGAACUUACAUAAAUGGAUUGAUUUAAUAUUUGGAUUCAAACAAAAGGGGGAAAGGGCUAUCGAGGCGGUUAAUGUGUUUAAUAGGUUAAGUUAUCCAGGUUCGGUGAACUUGGAGAAUAUUGAUGACGAGAACGAGAGAAGAGCAGUGGUUGGAAUAAUUCAUAAUUUUGGUCAAACUCCAUUACAACUAUUUGAAGAACCUCAUCCACCACGUUCAUUUACCGAUAUCCAUCAUAUAGACCAGAAAUGCUGGGAUGAAGUACCUGAUGUAGCCACCAAAAUAACAGGAAAAGCAUGGGGUGAUCCAACAGGGGACAAUCAUAGUAUUCAAUAUAUCAACUACCGAAGAAGUCAGCAUACCAAGAAACUAUACUGUGACGGAUUCCCAUUCCUAAAUUUCCAAUACCUGGAUGAGUCGACAAGAUUCCAUAUUAAGCUGGGAUCGUUAUUAUCAUUAGAAAUAAAUGAAGUGAUAUUCACCAAUGUGCAUGAGACAGAGAUUACAUCAUUCUUAUUUAUCAGUACGGAGUUGUUCUCGACAGGUGACUCGAGUGGUCUGAUCAAAAUCUGGAAGCUUGAUAAAUUCAAACAGCUAAAGCAUUUAGGAAAUUUAUAUGGACAUUUAUCAGAAAUAAAGGAAAUGCAUUCAUAUGAUAAUCAAAACAGUCUUCUGUCCCUAGAUACAUCCGGUACGGUAAUUCUAUGGGACCUUAUGGAUCAUCAACCAAUUAGAAUACUAACCAAAAAUGGGUUACAUAUCAGUACAUCUAAUAACCAAGGUAUAAUCGGAAUAGUGGAUUUUACUAAUAACCUGAAGCUUUUCAAUUUAAAUGGGCUUUCAUAUGAUAUCAAGUUUAAAGCCAAUGGGAUGAUAACGUCUUUGGCGUUUGCAAGCUUUGAAUCCCUAGUGACAAUGACUCAAAAUCAUAUGUAUUGGAAGGAGGAAGCAAUCAUUCUUCUCGGAAUGUCCGCUGGUGAGGUUGAGAUAUAUGAAUUAGAAUGUUUUGAGUCAGUUUGGAAACUGAAAUUCCUAAGACGUCUCCAUUCUGGUGAAAAAAUACCUAUAACUUGUAUAAAUUCCUACAUUUAUAAGGAAAACAAAGUAUCAGUGCACGUAAGCAAGAAAAGUACAAUAAAGUUAAACAUUGCAGCUGGAGAUUGCAAAGGAAACUUAUAUACAUGGUAA